AUGGCUGAUGAUGUUUGUUUCGAUGCAUUUUUUCAUGUCUUUCUAGUUGUUGACAACGAAACACUCGAAAAUUUAAAUAAGGUUAGUUUUUUUGAAACAUUUAUCAGCUUUCCUUUCUACAUUGUAUUUUUUAGACUUGUCGCAAAUUCCGAAAUAUCAUCAAGAGAGAUGCAUUUUGGAUUCAAAGAGCAGAAUAUUUUGGAAAACAAGAAUGCUUGCCUUCGAAAAAAUGGAGAAUUGCUGCAAACUCGAAUAAAUUUCAAACUGAUUCGAUUUCAGCGGACCAAUCUUCUGAAUUCAAGUUCAACUUUAAGAAAAUGGUGAGUUGGGCUGAAAUUGUGACAUUCUCUAUUUUAACAAUAGCAUUUCAGGUUUUGGACUUCCAAGGAUACGGUAACUUCGAACCAUAUCAAAUCGAUCAUCGAAAAGAUCUGGAUUAUCAUUCACAUAAAUAUAACAUGCAUUUUAAUGGAGAUGAUGGGUAAGAACAAAAACGUGGAACAAAAACAUUUGGAUAUAUUUUUUCAUUUUCAGAAUUGUGAUUGAAGAAAAUGGAAUCGGAUGUGAAGCAGAUCCAAGUGUUCCAGCUUGUUUUGCUUUAACUUAUUUUCGAUGUGAUAUUGAUACAGUAAUUGAUUUCAAACAAAUUGGAAUUGAUGUAAGUAUUUAAAGUGGUUGUCAUUCUACGUGAGAAAAAAGUCCGCAAUUAUGCGUCACUAUUUUCAGCUAAUUAUAAACUAGCAUGAACUUGAUAUGAGACACCAUAAAAUAGCCAAUAAAUGUUUGGGUGUGCAUUCCGAGAGAAGUAUACAGUAAAAUAUAUGUGCGAUAGAGCGAACUUUCUUCCCUAGUUUUAAGGUUUUAGCGGGUUGUGUUUUUCACAAAAAAAAACAUUAUUCGCGCACAAAUAAAUUUUUCUAACAUAAACACGGAUUGUUAAAGAGCUAUUUUUAUCUCAAGCUAUUUAGCUAAUCUUCCCUCGUAGAAAGACAACCCCUUUAAAAAUCUUUUUUUUUCAAUCAACAAUAAUUCAAGGAUUGGAUUCUGGAUCAUGUUCGCCCGAAAAUACGAAUAACUCAAAAAGUGAAUCAUCGAUUUGAUUGUGGUAGUUUUAUUAGAAUAAAGGCGAAAUUGUCGAACAACUCAGAGUUUUACGAAGUACAUGGAACAACUGAAAAAUCCUGGAGACAAUGGGAAGGUAAAUAAUUUAAUUCAAUUUUUAAUACUAAUUCAACUAUAUUUUAGCUCCGUGUAAUUGGGAAAACCUCAUUUUGGAAAUUGAGAAUUAUGCUUCUGGUAUGCGUUUUUUGAAAGUUCGGGCUUAUGGUCGAGAUAGUCAACGUUGGGCAGGAAAUUAUGGACCAAAAAUCGGAAAACUUCAAAUAAAAAUCAUUCUUCCCGAAGAACCUGUUAUCGAUGAACUAAAAGAUAGAAGCGAAUCAGAAUACCAUGAUUCUGAUGAGUGA